AAAGAGAAACGUUUGGAGUUAGAGAAAUAAAAGAAAGCUAGGAAGAGAAAAAAAGAAAAAGAAAAAUGGAAAGCAAAAGCAAAUACUGGUGGGUGUCUGCUACGUGCAUGUGGCUGAUAGUAGCGCCUUACGCAAGCGGUGACAUAGACCUGGGGAUGCUAUCGGCUCAAGCUCGGACUCAGGCUGCGGAAAGUAGUGGCAGUGGCGGUAGCAAUGGCACAGCAGGAACUUUGACAGGCAAGGAGCUAAUUAAGAAUAUAUGCGAAGAAAGGGGGAACCAGGAGUUGUGCAUCAAAGUGCUUUCGUCGGAGCCAACCAGUGACCAAGCCACGUUACAAGACCUGGCAAUGAUAUCGCUUAAGGUGGCAGGAUCCAAUGCCAGGGACAUACUAGUUGAUGCUAAGAAAAUGAUUGACGACCCUGAUUUGACCCCACAAAUGCAACAGGGCGUCUCUGAUUGCAAGGAGAAUCUCUUGGAUGCAGAGGGCCAAAUUCAGGACUCUGUUGCCGCCAUAUUGAACAAUGACAAGCUCGAUGCUCAAAAAUGGCUCAAGGCAGCCUUGGCUGCCAUUGAUACGUGUGACGCUUCUAUCCCUGGUGACGAUGACAUUCUCUCUAGAAGGAGUGUGGUGUUUCGCCAAUUGUGCAACAUUGCCGUUGCCAUCAACAAGAACAUGAUGGGCAUCAAAAGCUAAGUUACCUCGAUCCACAGAUAAUUAAUAAGCUAGCAUCGUCUUGGAGUCAAUUGCAUGCGACCACCCAUGUAUUGUGUAAGAAUAGUGCACCGCAGAGGUGUUAGACCAGAGUUUUCCUUAUUUUUUCAGAACUUGUUCCAAGUUUAUUGCGUUCAUGUUUGCACAUUUCAAAUUCUUGUAAAAACGAUUCAUAAAGUUUGUUUAUUUAUGUGAAUUAAAUUUAAUA